AGUUGAUUGUAAUGUCAGUGCAGUCCAAUUUACAGGCUGGAGCAGCAGCUGCAUACUGCAUUUCCCUGAAGUAAUACAUGAUUUCCAUUUCUUGCAAACUUUAUCAUCUUGUUGCAGUGAGUCGGAAACCAAUAUGCAGAGCAAGGGUACAAUCAUAAACAUCCAAUUUCUUUUGCGGCUUCUUCUACUCUGGCUGCUUGUCGGGAAUUCAUGCUCUGAAGAAGACACCAUCGUUACAACCAAGAAUGGUAAAGUCAGAGGGAUAAACUUGUCAGUUCUUGGUAGCACAGUAACAGCCUUUCUUGGAAUCCCCUAUGCACAGCCACCGCUUGGUAGACUUCGGUUCAAAAAGCCACAACCCUUGACCAAGUGGUCCGAUAUUUGGAAUGCCACAAAAUAUUCAAAUUCUUGCUAUCAGAACACAGAUCAAAGUUUUCCAGGCUUCCUUGGAUCAGAGAUGUGGAAUCCAAAUACUGACCUCAGUGAAGACUGCUUAUAUCUGAAUGUGUGGAUUCCAGUACCUAAACCCAAAAACGCUACUGUAAUGGUGUGGAUCUAUGGUGGUGGUUUUCAAAGUGGAACGUCGUCUUUAUAUGUUUAUGAUGGCAAGUUUCUGGCACGAGCUGAAAGAGUUAUUGUGGUUUCAAUGAAUUAUAGGGUGGGUGCCCUAGGAUUUUUAGCUUUACCGGGAAAUUCUGAGGCACCAGGGAACAUGGGCUUGUUUGAUCAACAGUUGGCACUUCAGUGGGUCCAAAGAAAUAUAGCAGCUUUUGGUGGAAAUCCUAAAAGUGUAACUCUCUUUGGAGAAAGUGCAGGAGCAGUUUCUGUUAGCCUUCACUUACUUUCCCCUAGAAGUCACCCAUUGUUUACCAGAGCCAUUCUGCAAAGUGGAUCUUCUAAUGCCCCUUGGGCAGUAAAAUCUCUUGAUGAAGCUAAGAACAAAACAUUGACCUUAGCUAAGUGUAUUGGUUGCUUUAGAGAAAAUGAGACUGAGAUAAUCAAAUGUCUUCGAAAUAAAGACCCCCAGGAAAUUCUUAUGAAUGAAUUAUUCAUUGUCCCCUAUGGAACACUCCUGUCAGUAGCUUUUGGUCCAGUGGUGGAUGGUGAUUUCCUCACUGACAUGCCAGACGCAUUACUCCAACUUGGACAGUUCAAAAAAACCCAGAUCUUGGUGGGUGUUAAUAAAGAUGAAGGGACAGCAUUUUUAGUAUAUGGUUCUCCUGGUUUCAGCAAAGAUAACAACAGUAUCAUAACUAGAAAAGAAUUUAUGGAAGGUUUAAAAAUAUUUUUUCAAGGACUGAAUGAAUUUGGAAGGGAAUCUAUACUUUUCCAUUACGCAGACUUGUUAGAUGACCAAAGAGCUGAAAACUACCGCGAGGCCUUGGAUGAUGUCGUUGGAGAUUACAAUUUCAUAUGCCCUGCCUUGGAGUUCACCAAAAAGUUCUCAGAUUUGGGAAAUGAUGCCUUUUUCUACCAUUUUGAACACCAGUCAUCCAAACUCCCUUGGCCUGAAUGGAUGGGAGUGAUGCAUGGUUAUGAAAUUGAAUUUGUCUUUGGCUUACCUCUGGAGAGAAGAGUAAAUUACACAAAACCUGAGGAAAUUUUGAGUAGGUCCAUAAUGAAACGCUGGGCAAAUUUUGCAAAAUAUGGAAAUCCAGAUGGCACCCAGAAUAGUAGUACAAGAUGGCCUGUCUUCAAGAGCACUGAACAAAAAUAUUUAACUUUGAGCACAGAGUCACCAAAAGUAUAUGCUAAGCUACGUGCUCAACAAUGCCGAUUCUGGACACUCUUUUUUCCCAAAGUCUUGGAAAUAACAGGAAAUAUUGAUGAAGCAGAACAGGAGUGGAAAGCAGGAUUCCAUCGCUGGAGCAAUUACAUGAUGGACUGGAAAAAUCAAUUUAACGAUUACACAAGCAAGAAAGAAAGCUGUGCCGAUUUUUGAAGAUUUCAAAGACAGAGGAGACAGGUUGAUUUGAAACGGAAGAGGAGAAAGAAGGACAAUGUGAUCACAGAGGCAGAAAUGGGAGAGAGAGAUUCAGCCACGAGCUAAGCAAUGCCAGCAUCUUCAGAAUCUAGAAGAGACAAAAGUAUGAAUUCUUCCCUGGAGCAGAUGGAAGCAAGGUGGCUGUGGCAACGCCUUGGGUUCAACACAGUAAAACUGACUUCAAAUGUCUAACCUCUAGAACUGAGAGAGAAUAAGUUUGAAUUGUUUCAGUCACCAAGUUUGUGUUAAUGUAUUACAGCAGUCAGAGGAAACAUAUAUAUAAUUUCACCAAGAUAUAUCUAAUUAUUAUUUACCUAACAUAAUCUUUCCUAGGUCUUCAAAGGUAGUUCAAUCUCCUAGUUAAAAUGUAUCUUCUGAUAUAUAUCUCUUAUUUUUUCUCUGCUCUAUUCUCACCUCCUGUGGUCUUAUUAUUCUUCCAUUAAAUUACGUGCAACCAUCCCAUUUUAGUUUCACUUUAAUUUUUCUUUAUUGUUUUCCUUAGAAAUACUCUCACUUGGAUUGUUUCCCCUCUGUCAUUUGUUUCUCCUCUCUGAUUUGACUUUUUUUAUCUAAUCUGUUAUUUUAUUAACUUCAUUAUUAAAUUUUGUAAUUUUUGUUUUGCAUCCCAUAUACUUUUUAUGUCAACUUAUUCUCUUUAUUUGUUGUUAUAAUUUCAUAAAUGCAAAAAUUUCUUUUAACCUUUCAAAAUAAAUUUUUAUUCAUAAAAA